CCUUCUCCUCUCUGUGCCUCCGCUCCCUUUCCCUUAGAAUGGAUAUGAAGUGGGCUUUAGUUUUUUGCCUUUUCUGUGCCCUCGCCCUGGAUGUGUCCUAUGGUGCCCCAAAGGUUUCUGGUAAAAAGAGAGCGCCUAAAACAACUCCACCUCCGAAACCGAUCCCAACGGAAAGCAUAGAAGAGAGUGAAGAAACUGUAGAAUCGGACGAAGAAGAAGUGGCUCCAAGUAGUGGAGGCAGCAACGCCGGGACAGGAACCGGUUCUGGAAACUCUGUUGGGGGGCCCAGCGGCGGAGGCAGCAAUUCUGGCAAUGCCAACAACUCUGGAAAAGAUGAGAAGCAGGAACCAGAAGGGCCUAAAGGAGGUCAACCAAGUCCACACCUGUUCUCUGACAAGACAGAAGAGACUGAAGAAUCGUCAGAAGAAGCACCGGCUCCAAGUAGUGGAGGCAGCAACGCCGGGACAGGAACCGGUUCUGGAAACUCUGUUGGGGCUCCAAGUAGUGGAGGCAGCAACGCCGGGACAGGAACCGGUUCUGGAAAUGUGGCUGCGGGGUUAAGUAGUGGAGGCAGCAACGCCGGCAAUGCCGGCAACACUGGAAAAGGAGACAAGAAUACCAAGGUAUCCAAAGAGGAAACUGAGGAGGAAACUGAGGAGGAAACUGAGGAGGAAACUGAGGAAGAAACUAAGGAGGAAGUGAAACCGUUGUCAGGAACAGGAACUGCUAAGGAAACUGAAGAGGAGAGCGAGAGUGAAGAGGAGCCCGGAGAACAUUCACACAGCAAGGAAGAAAAGAGUGAGGAGCACAAAGAAUCAGAAGGACAUGGGCAAGGAAUAAACCCAUUUAAAUUGCCCGUGUCUGAUGAGACAGAAGAAGAAUCAGAUGAGACUAAAGACAAAAAAGUUGUACCUUUUUCAGGAGGAAAGGAUGAAAAGGAAUGCACAGAAGACCUGAAGAAACUAGACCAGGUCGGCCAGGUAGAAAUCUUUGCCAAACUGGUCGGGAGUGAUGGGCUCAAUUAAUGUCCAGGUAACGAUCUUCAACCGCCUCUGCCGAAAGUCUCCGCCUCUUCUUCCGGAUCAUUCCGCGCCUCCUGGUUACCCAUCAGCUUAUUCCACUUAUGUACAAUUCACCUUUUACCGCUUCCACCCACUGCUAGGAUCAUGAACCUAAUGUACAGAUACUCUAUGGGCCGAAGAUACUUCGCCGAUGGCAAAAUGAUCAGGUUUUCACUGAUAAUUAACCCUUUAUGCAAUUACUAACAAUCAUCCGAAGCAAUAUUCAUUGUCUGAUUACCAAUAAUUAUCCGUACUGUAAUUACAGAGCGUUGCCGCGACUACUGAGAUCGUUACCAACCAACGCAGCUCUGUAUCAAUAACAAAAUGGUGAUUUCCGGUAUAUAUUGAGCUUCUAAUAAGCAUUUUAUUUGAUCAAACAAUCAUUUUUAUGUUAACGAAAGCAAAGGAGGACUUUGUAAUUAACAGGUUCGGGUUUAAUUAUAACCAAAAUAUUAACAGAGUUAAUAAGCUGCGUCUGAUUGAUACUGUAACCACGGAAUCUCUUACAUAGCAACUGAACUGUCUGAAUUCAUUUUAUCGUUCUGCACAAUGUUUUAGAGAUACCAAGGAAAUAAUCAUCAUUAGAAGGUUUUAUUUCAGCCAAAAGAAAAUGAUGACACAGCGCUCUGCCAGUAUAGUGUAACUGUCAUUGUAAUAAAGCACAAACUGAUCUACUUUUAAUAAAGGGUAAUUACCUUGUGUACUCAU